AACCUAAAUAAAUGCAAUUUCCUUUGCAGGAGACUGAGCUGAAGAAUGUUCUUUUCAGAGCUGGAGAUCGGUUGAAAGUCCAAGGGAGGAUUUAUUCUACUGCUAAAAGGUUCCAAAUUGACCUGGGCUCCAGCUCCAGUCAACUGGCUCUUCACUUCAACCCUCGUUUUCAGGAUUGUGAUGAAAAGACACCGGUGCUGGUGUGUAAUUCACUGUGCGAUGAUGUCUGGAACCAGGAGCAAAGGGAAACCCACAACCCUUUCCAACCAGGCUCCACUUUUAAGGUUGUAAUAAAGCAUGCAGGAGAGCUGUUUGAGGUAAUGCUACCUGAUGGGCAUAUCAUUGAGUUCCCCAAUCGACAAGGGCUGGAGGUCAUCACUUACAUUCGUGUCAAGGGUGACAUCAGUCUCAUUUCAUUUAAGAUAAAAUGAUAACAGUGGUAUACUGAGAAGAGCAGGCCCUCUGCUGUUCAGUAUAUAAAAUACGACCAAUCAGUAUGUACAAUAUGUGUGCAAAG